ACACACAAACACACACACAAAAAGUCUCUUUGUUUACAUGACACUUGAUAUUAAUAUUUUCUUUUUCAUGGUCUUCGCUCGAAGCACAAAGCCAAAAAACCAUAACAACGCCUCCUUUGUCCUAAAUCCCAACACUCCAAAUCCAUCCCCUUAUCCCACGUAAUUUUGCCGCAAACAAUCCAAACCCAUCUCGGAAUCUCACCCAAAAACCCGCCACUUCGCUCACACCCUCAGAUCCACGGCGUCUACACGUCCAAUAAAGCCAAAACAAACUCACGCAAAAAGCUUCUGUUCCUCCUAAAUUCCAUGCCUUUUUUCUUUGUGAUUGUCGUCUUUGUUUAAUGUAGUUUAGCUCUAGAUAGACAGAGGGGGGAGAGAUGGCUAGUCAGGUGGUGAAAGUGAAGAGGGAGACAAUAGAGGCAUGCAUGACGUGCCCUCUUUGUCAUAAGCUCUUGAAGGACGCUACAACCAUAUCUUUGUGCCUUCACACGUUUUGCAGGAAGUGCAUAUAUGAGAAGCUCUCAGAUGAGGAGGUGGAUUGCUGUCCUGUAUGCAACAUUGAUCUGGGCUGUCUUCCAGUGGAGAAACUCAGGCCUGACCACAAUUUACAAGAUAUAAGGGCCAAAAUUUUCCCAUUGAAGAGAAGGAAAGUAGAGGCCCCUGAAGUUACACCUACAAAUUCACUACCAGUUAAAAGGAAGGAGAGAUCACUAUCUUCAUUGGUGGUCAGCACUCCUAAAGUGCCAAUGCAGACUGGGUUGACUGGAAGGAGAACAAAAGCUGCAAGAAAAGCUGCUGCUAUACGAGGAUGUAGUUUUGCUGUCGAGGAACCUGCCAAGAAAGAAGAUUCUGCAGAGGAUCAUCCUCUGAGCUCCAGUUCACAUGAUUCUCAAAGUAAAACUACUCGAAAUAAAAGGCAGGAUUAUUCAGUUGCUGAGCCUUCUAAUGAGCACAGGCCUAAUGAAGACAGAGAGAAUGAUGUGGAAGUAACUGAAGGGAAAGCCGAUCUAUGGACACCCUUGAACUGUCUUGUUGAAGCUGCCAACAGAACCAAGUCUUCAAAGUUAAAUUCACAAGGGCUGUCCCUUACCAAAUUAGAGCAACACAAUGCCCAUGAUAAUGAAGCAUAUAUGCCUGAAACUAAAGUCAGAGCAGAAUCAUUCAGAACUCCUGAAAGUGAAGUAUAUAUGCCUAAAAGCAAAAGAAAGGAGCAAGGACACAAAAAGAAAGUCCAGGAUGAAAGUAAUGGAACAACCUUACUUCCAGGACCAGUGAAGCGUAGAAGGUUUCGAGCAGCUGGUCGGAAAAGUGCAGCUGCCUCUGGAGAGCUGCACCCCUCAGCACAAGUCAUGCUAGAUGCUGCAGGUUCUAAGCGCAACAGAAGAAAUAGUCCAAUUUGGUUCUCAUUAGUUGCUUCUGAAGACCGGAAAGCAGAUGUUUCCUUGCCACAGAUAUCUGCAUGUUACUUGAGGAUAAAGGAUGGUAAAAUGCCUGUAUCAUUUAUCCAAAAGUACCUUGUGAAGAAACUUGAUCUUACAAGUGAAGCUGAGGUUUGUUUGUCUUUCUUGCCUUGCCAGAAAGCUGAGGAUGUCUGAAUAUUAUUAUUAUUAUUAUUAUUUUUUUAUUUUUUAUGUUCUUUUGAUAAAGUAUUUUCUUGGUUUCUAUUUUAUUGCUAGAUAUAACAUGUCUUCUUCAUUCUUGUUUGAUGAAAGCAAUAAAGCUGGAAAAAAAGUAAAAAGAAGGCGUGUGCUCAACUUGCAUCUAUCAUGGGGCUUUACAUGAAAGACGCUCAGACAAACUGUUUCAAAUUGUUGAUUUCUGCUGGUGUUAGGAUGCAUAUGCAACAACGAACAAUGGAUGAGUUUGAGAAAAAUCUAUAAAAAAUUCAUUGCCUCCAAAAGACCAAAUAAUCAGAAAAGUAUAACAAUUAAAACGCUGUAUAUUGAAUUUCAACAUAUAUUAAAAGAAACUAGAUAAGUGUGAAAGUUGUCCUUGGUGGUUGCUUGUUUCGCCUUAUGGUUUUUUACUUUCUGCAGUUUUUUGGAUUCAAGUUCUCAUAGCUGAAUACUUAUUUAAAGCCACACCAUGUUUCACAGUGUUCUAUCAAUACUUACAGAAACUAUUAAAAUUCUUAAGUUAACAUGAGCUUAACCCACUGUUUGCUAUUUGGGUUCAGCAUGAAUCCUUUUCCACCAUUUAGCACUAUGUAGGGCCAUAUUCUCUAUUUCAGCCCUAGUGGUUAUGUCUUUCCUCGCUGCCUAAAAUCCUGUUUUAUUUGGGUCUUACCUGUGUCUUUGGUAGUGCCUUUCCAUUUAAAGCAAAUCAUUCCUCCAUACUGGUGCAUAUGAUAGUUUAGUAGAACAUGAGAACAUUUUGACUUUCCUUUGUCGUUUUUGUAAUUGUUUCUGCCCUUAGCUUAAAGUUUCAGUUUUUCUUCUUUUAGCUUCUCUCGUAUUGCUUCUCAUUCGGCACAGCCUCGUUAUCUGGACCACAGCCAUUUUAUAGAAAUGGAAGUUUCCCUUUUAGUGGAGAUACCUGAUUAGGAAUUUAGGUGUCUGAUUUGGGUGUGUCCCAAGGAAUUUUGGGACAUUGAGGCAGAACUUCCCAAAUGAAAUCUUCUAACUAAUUCAAGAAGUAUGUUGAUAAAUGAAACGCCCAAGUAUAGCGUAAUAGCUGUUUCAACCAUAUGGAAGAUCAAACUUGAUUGCACCUUAUAGGUUUAUUAUCCUUGGUUGCUAUUUCUAGUCACACAGGAAUAACCGGUGUUGUUAGAACUACUAGGAGCACUUAAAGUUAAAGGCCCCUAAGAAAUGUUUAGUUUCAUUGUCCUACACAUGUUUUGUCCAUCUCUUUGGGUGAAUCAGAACAAAGUCAAUCCUCUGUUUUGGGGUUAAAGAGAGCAAAAAAAGAAAGGGUGAGAAGGAAAGAGGGACUAAAUGCACACUUACUGUUAAUCCUACUGUCUUCAUCUGUCCUACAUAUAACAACAAAUUACAUCUUAAUCAUCGACCUUCUUGUAAAGUCAUAAUGACCUUGUAUGUCUAUUGAGAUGAAUGCUCACCACUUGACAAAGGGAAAAAUGUUCAUAUUUGG